UACGUCAUACGACGUCUUCUCUGGUGCUGCGUUAAAUUACUACCGUAAUAACUGGUGUUUGAGUCUGCGCGCAUUUUUCCCCCAUUCACUGUCAAAAUCGGGGACAUUUCCGGGGACAGCUUUGACCGGGGACAGAUCACCGAAAACGGGGACUGUCCCCGGAAAUCGGGGACGUCUGGUCACCUUAAUCAUAGGCCGUGGGGCAUCAAUCGCUUACCAUGUCUGAAGCAGCUUACCGACUACCUUAUUAUCCCUGUCAGUAUGUGCAAAGCAAAGGAUCCACAAACCAAAACAAUUUGCGGUGCAGAAAGACCAUAUGAAGUCAGUGUCAGAACCAGGGGCACAGCUGCCAUCAUUGAAUGGGUGAUGGCCGCAUGGACAGUCCGGGAUUUUGCGCACAGUACUGUACGUACACGGCAAUGGACAAUGACUCCAAAAAAAUAAUGUCAAUUGUCAACCUGGACAAAAGGGAGACAAAUAGAAAUUCUGUUGCCAUGGAGAAGGAGGGCUUCAUUUGCACCAUAGAUGCUCUACGUAAAGAUGUGGAAGUUCAGGAAGUGUGCACAGAUCGCCACCUAGGGAUAAAGGCCCUGUUCAGCAAAGGGAUAUACAAAGACAUCGGGGUGGUGCACUGUCUGGACAUCUGGCAUGGUUCCAAAAACCUGAGUAAAAAAAUUGUAGCGGCAGGGCAGCAGAAGUCAUGUUCAAUCUUGCUCCAGUGGGACCGAGACAUUUGCAAUCACUUUUGGUAUUACUGUAAGAUUGCGGGCACUUACUACGAGUUCCUUGAUAUGUGGGUUGGACUCUUGCACCACGUCACGGGUGAACACGAAUGGGCCCUCGGUGCUUGUCGUCAUGGUCCUCUGGUGGACAGCCGUGAAAAGGACUGGAUUGUCAAGAAUUCGCCUGCACAACAGAAACUGCGGGAAAUCAUUAUGGACAUCCGCUGGCUGAAAAAUUUUCACCUGUCAGGUCAACAGCAGAAUUGGAGUCAUUCCACAACCAUAUACUCAUGUACGCUAGCAAGCGCCACAGCUUCUCACCACAAGGGUAUAAAGCUCGGACAUUGUUGGCUGGCCUGGAUUAUAAUCACCAUCUUCACAGACCGAGAGAAGACAAGACGGCUCAAUACAGUUUGGAAAGAACUACAGUAAGAGGUCGAGGACGUGGCGGCUGUGCACACUUAAAGUGGACUUCAGCUACAUUCCGGAACUGCAGAGCAUCAUCCUGCAGCGAAGGCUGACUGCUCUGGGGGGGUUGGCACAGUCCAGACCCUCAAGACCAGAAGAUCCACGCAGGCUGGGAGUCCUAUCUGGUAUCCCUGCCCCAAGUGUUGAGGAACUCUUGCAGAAGCAAGUCAGCAGAGGCUUAGGUUAGUUUCUUCAAUGCCAUUGAAGUUUGGAAUAGUAGCUGUGUAUUUGACAUUCACUUUUUCUCUAUGCUGAUAUCAGUUCACUUUAAUACUUACUGUAAAUUUCAGCAGAUAUGGGAAAGUGACAAGACAUGUAUUUCUUUGUAAGAAAAUAGACAUGGUUUGAUUAUUGGAAUUUGGUGUUUUUUGUGUUUGCAGCACAGUCCCCGCUAGAUCAGAGCUAGCCUGGAGCCAUCCUCAAAAAAUUGAACAAUAAAAAUAUCUGAUUAC